AUGUUCAAUGAGAAAAUGCAGCAUUUGACAAUUAUUUCAUUAUCUAUAAAUCAAUAUCCACCUUUGUCACUUUAUAAUCUACCACCAAAUAUUUAUUUAUCUUUGACUCUUACUGUAUUAUGUGUUAAUGAUUGUGUCUCUUUACUUGGUGUUCAACUCAAACAACUAAGUACAUUCAUCGUUCAAAUUGAUGAUAUCUUCAAAUGGUCAUCGAUUCCUCGCAAUAAGGGUGAGCUAUAUAAUUUAAAGUGUUACUCAUUAACAAUUAGUUAUAAUAUUACUUAUGAUUAUGCACCAUUGGUUGUACCACUUCUUCGACAUAUGACACAUCUCGAAAAGUUAACUUUGUAUCUUUGUACUUGUGCGUCACAUUCAUUUUCCAAUGAUCCAAUUCUAUUCGUCGAUGAUACAAAUCCAUUUAUUGAUGGCACUCGUCUUCAUAAUGGAUUUCUUAUUCAUAUGCCUCAACUUCAUAUAUUUAACUUUUAUAUUAGUACAGAAAAUCUCAUUUCUCCUUCACAUCCUCGUAAAUCUAAUGAUGAUAUUCUGCGAACUUUUACAAAUACUAUAUAUGGACAAACAGCUUGUAUCAUAAAUUAUUUCAAUGGUGACCAUAUGAUUUCAUCUUAUCCAAUUAUUGAAUAUUCUCAUCUAACAUCACUUGAUAUUAUACAUGCAAAUAUAGAUUAUGCUGAGCAAUUUUUACUUGAAACAAGGGAGCAUUUACCUCGUCUAACUGAGUUAAAAAUCAACUAUUACGUAUUAAAAAUUGUAACAAUGAACUUUACAAGAGAUGAAACACGACGCAAUUGUUCUAAAGUAAAACGAUUACUUGUCGAAGGACCAAGAGUUUUUUCAAAAGAUGUUUAUGAAUAUUUUCCUUCAUUAUAA